AUGGCGUAUCACCCCGUCGUCGUGGGAAUGCCUGUUGCGAACAGGAAUGGUGGAUCUAAUAGCAGCAAUGAUGGCGCCGACGAGGGCGAUGUGGAAGGGGUUGAUGUGGUGCUCGAGAUCGUGGGUUCGAAUCCCAAAACGGAAGAACAUGAAAUUGAGGAGGAGACAGGUGCGGUGCAGCAGGAGCCUCAGCUGGUGGUGGUUCGUGCGAAGGUUCUGGUCGCAGCGGAUGGCGUGCGAUCAGCCGUGCGAAAUCAGAUGAUCGGCGACUCGCCACGGUACCUGGAGCAGAUUGGUUGGAACGCGCUUGUGUCAAACCCGCCAAACGCGAGAGUGUACCCACAAGAAGAUCAGGGGUUACUUUAUUUUUUUGAUGAGGUUAUGGGUUACGAGAUAUAUUUGAUUGAUGUCGGCCACGGGAAGACGUUUUGGCAGGUUCAAACUGCUGACCCUGAUGGCCAGCUCAAGUCCAAGCUCCAGCUAACACCCUUCGGUGGUUUCGGCAAGCCAGGUGUCAAAGACCGCUUGAUGUGCCACAUCAACAAGAACGUUGCAGACCCUUCAGGGCAUGACACUUGGCAUACCGUUCUCCAGGCGGUUACCACCACCGACCCCAGUAACAUCUACGAGCGUUGGAUGAUGGACCGGCCUCCUCCAAAAGAUUCCUGGAGCGACUCUAAAUGUGGUAAUAGGGUUGUUCUUAUGGGGGAUGCCGCACAUGCCAUGCACCCUGGCCCAGGGCAAGGAGCUCAGGUUGCCUUUGAGGAUGCUCACCAGCUAUGCCUAUGCCUUGCUGAAAUCAAGGAUAUGCUCGCCGAGCCUGCUGCCAUGGCUGCUGCGGUUCGAGAGUAUGAGGCUUGGCGGAUCGACAGGUGCGUGAAAAUCCAUGCGUAUGCCACUGCAGCGCAUGGGUUCGGAGAGGAGGGGAAUCUUGUGAACGCCCUUCCUCUUCUCGAGAAAAGGAAGAUGUAUUUUGAGUUACAGAAGUGGGUCCAAGCGUACCCAGACAAGAUCAAAGGUGACCCUGAAUCCACCUACUUCAAAUGA